GAAAAGAUUAAUUUAAAAUAAUAUUCUGUACCUUUCGGUUGUACUGUGAUUAUUCUCAAUCCGGUUUUGAACUAUGGAAGUGAUCGACGUCAGGGUACCAGUUAAAUGUUUUCCGCGGUUUCAGUACAUGCUAAACAGAAGAAAUGAUUUGUCUGGACGAUAUAACAUAUUGAUGAGAAAGUAUAAAUUAGACAACUGUACACUAAACGCGGUUAAUGAUGACAAUAUCCGUAUCUUGUUUUGUAAAUCAGUUAAUUCAAAAAACCUUUUUCCAAGCAUAGAAUUAGUUGUUCCAAGAUAUCUUGACACUAUUAACAAAAGGAUAUAUAUCAGCAGCAAUUUCAGAGAAGGACUUACUUUAACAGGUGACAAGUGCUUUAUACUUUUAAUUGGUGGAGAUACUUUGACAUAUGACCAUUUGAAAUGGCUUGAAGGCUUGCCUGUAACUACUAUUUUGUUAGGAAAGGACAUCAAAGAAACAAGUAUUUUAUCAGAUAUAAUACGUGGUCUCAGAAACAUCGACGUGUGCCUAGAAGAAAAUAUAAGUACAGUACUGACAAAGCAUUUAGAAAGAGAUGCCUUGACGGGAAUGAGGGAUGCCUGCGACAAUUUGAAUUUUUUACUUACAGGUAAAAGUGCUGGAGAACUUGGUGUAUCACAAACAAAACAAAAGACCAAAGGAGAGAUAAUUCGUGGUUCUGGGGAUAUAAAGUUGAUAAAACAACGCGCGUUAUCAGUAGGACAGGGCACCAAAGACGAUUCAAAUAGAUGUUCAAUCCGACUUGGCCCGGCCAAAAAUAAGAAAGAAAGUUUGUAUGAUGCAAAAAUUGGAAGAGUUUCAGAACAGAGUCAAAUUCCUACAGAUAUUCCAGAAGCAGACUUAAAUGUAAUUGAACGUCUUCAUGACGAAUUCGUUGGUACAUUCAACAGGAGUGUUCUUCCUGAAGACGAAAAACCUUAUUUUGCUGACAAGUUGUACACGAUUGAUAAAACGUUAUUGUACACACUUCAGAAGCAAAGUCAUUCCAUUGAAAGCAUUGGAUAUCACUGCAGCACUCUCCAGGUUAAUGUAAACUGCAAUCCGAUUUCAGACGAGCUUAAAAGAAGCGUCGAACGAAUAAUGGAAUCAUACAGCAUUAAAAAAUACACGAUAGUCUCUUCGGGGGUACGGGAUUACUUAACCUGUCAUGUUGGUAAAGAAGUAAAAAUUGAAUAUGAAAAGGGUAAAUAUUUUAAUGGGACACUAGGCGGAUUCGCUACAACCUCCUCGGGAGAAUCUGAGCGUACCUGGGCAAUCCUAUCGAGACAUGUUGUUAAAGGUAGUUUUGACAUGAAGCUGUACAUAGCAAAUGACGAACAAACAUAUAUUGGAAAGGUUAUGAAAGAAGUAAAGGAAGAAACGGUUGAUAAGCAAUACCUCGAUAUCGCCGCUGCAUCAUUAGAAAGUGAAAUAUCAUUCGAUCCUAGGUACAUUACUGAAGAAAAGGUCCUUGUUCCAGGAAAGCGAUGUUUUUACGAUGCCGACAGUCUAAGGGGUUUAAACGUACAUAUUAAAGGAGCUUCAACCGAACUAGGUCUUGGCACAAUUACUAUUCCGGAACAAAUUGCAGUCCAAAACGACAAUUUGGAUGAGAACCACAUUAUUGUAGAAGAUAGGUAUGGAGGAAAUGCUUUUUGUAAAGAAGGCGAUAGUGGGGCGAUAGUCUGUGCCGAAAAUCCGGAUAAAUAUGGAGAAGAGGUCCAGUUAAUUUCAAUGGUUAUUGGAGAAAAUAUGAACAAAAAGGGUUCAUAUACUACGGUCAGACUUGACAAGGGGUUAGAGGAGCUAAAAUCCUUAACUGGUAAAGAAUUCCACAUGUGUUAAAUCAAUAAUUAAUUGUACAAAUUCUAUACAGUUUUAUGGUGUUCAAGGUUUGAGCUGUGGAAAUUUGAUUCACCUUAAAUAGUCUUGGCAAUCAAAUAAUUCAUAUAUUACUUAUCAUUUUAAUUGAAUGCUCUAUUGUUAUCUGAUUUACAUUGUAUUUACAUUGUAUUAAUUUUCAUAUUCAACACUAUAAAAAAUUAGCUAAGAAGUGCCUGUAAUUUCUAGAAGUCUUCAAAUGGGAGCACGACAAAAAGCCUACAGACAAAACGCCGACAUACAAAAUGCUGACGGGACAUAAGACCAACAAGUCAAAAGAUUGAUGCGACAAAUGGUCGACAAAAACACUAACAAAAUACCGAUAAACAUCGACACACCUGUACAUCCCUCGGAAGCGUUAAUCACAGAAGAAUUACAUGAAAAGUGCAGACUCUGUUUGAUUGAUUCUGUACAAGAGGGAUAUUGAAUAAGUGCAACAUCCCUCACACCCCUCGCACCGGCUUGAGCGGUACUCAAUUCUCAACUUAUAAUAGUGCUAGCAUCAAUGAUACCGAAAGACAAAAAGAAUAUAACAACACUGAAAUAAAGUACGGGCUAACUUUUAUCAGCUGCCUCACGGCACUUGACACCUGUUGUUGUGAAGUAUAAAAAUCUGGAAUGAAAGUGAUCCCUCGGAGUCAAAAAACAAAAUAUAAAGUGUAAUACAUCAUUCUAGCGCUACAGCUAAACACUUUAUUAUAACAAACUCAUGAUUAUAACAGAACACGACAACUUUCUUUCAAGUACAUCAAUAUAUCUAUCAAAUAUAAAGUCAGACUGUUCUCUUGUUUGAGCGAUUUUUCUGUAAAUUCUAGAUUGCGUGAUGCCUAGCCUUUAUAAUGACAAUAUAU